CCUCUUCUACCGUCCGUGGGCGACGUUGCUGUUACUAUAUUCUCGGCCGGAGAGUUGUGCAACCUCGGCGGAGCUCAAACCUCUGAAAUUAAUACACUGCGGUGGCGGAGUUAAUCUAGGAUAUUUUGGAUAUGUACACAAGUCAGGAACUGCUGCUUGGACAAACUCAAGUUCAUUGUUAGUACGAAAAAUACGAAUAUUCAUUGAAAACUGGUGGGUUUUUAUAUAUAUUGGAAGUGGAAGAAUCAAUAAUUUACACAGCAUUCGACUACCCGAGGCCAUCCUUGAUCCCACCGCUGCUUUCUUGCUCUCGCCGCCGCUCGCCGCUGUUCCGCCACGUUCGUGGAAAUAUUUAGAGAACGUAACAUGGAAGAAAAGCCCAGCGACAAAUCCCGCAGAGAGCGAAGGAAAGAAGCCCGCUUGGCCAAGAACAAGAAAAAGUUUGAUUCUUGGGUCCAACAUCAACAGUCAUGUAAAUCAAAGAAAUCCUCGAGGAAACUACUCAAGGAUAAUGCUGUUAAGGAUUGCAUUGAGCAGCCUCAGUUGGUGGAGAGACCAGAAAAUAAACUGCAGGUUUUUAGAACUAAUGCAGAAAGUAGUGACACUAUCUCUGAACGUCAUAGCUCUGUGAGCUCCAGAACUAAAAAGGAUUUGAAACGAAAGAGAUGUCCAAAGAGCAAUUUCUUUAAGUAUCUACAGAUGGAGAGGGAGGGAAGAGUCCUAUCAGCGGAGGAGGAUCUGAAGAUCGAGAGGAGACUUGCGAAGAAACUCAAGGUGAAGAAUGGGAAGUUGAGUGCAGCAAAUGAUGAUAUUGACUGGCUGCUUGAAGGAAUACCUUCUGUUCUUGAUAAUCUUGGGGAAACUGAAGAAGUCACUGAAAGUGCUGAGCAUGGUUGUUUUUCUGGGAAAAGUAAAAAGAUUCAUCCAAAGAAUGAAGAUUUAGAGGAUGAGAUUUCAGUUGAGGAAGAGGAUGAGAUUUCAGUUGAGGAAGAGGAUGAAAUUUCAAUGGAGGAAGAGAAUGAAAUUUCAACUGACGAAGAGGAUGAAGAAUCUGAUCCACUAUCUAGUAGUGAGGAGCGUGAUGGUGUGGUGGAGGUGAUCUCACCGAAGGAGUUGGAUAAAAAGAAAAGAAGGAAAACAAAGUUUGAAGAGUACCUUGAAGACGACAUUUAUGGUGGUAAAAGUUCGGCAGAGGCUGAUUUGUCAUUGGAAAGAAAACUUGCUAAGAAACUGAAGUUGAAAGCAGGGAAGUUAGGGGGAGAUGAUGACGACAUCAACAUGCUGUUGGAGGGAAUUCCUUCAGUGCUUGAUUCCUUUGAGGGUGAGCUGACAAAGGAUCCUGCAGAUUAUCCCAAGAAAAGUCUCGAUGACAGCAUUUCAGAUAAAAAGCUUAAAAAUCAUAACUUAAUUGAACAAGGACAAAAAGCUGAGACAGCAAUAAAUUCAAAUAUGGAGGCCUCGGUGCGUCUAGAAUCUUUUUCUUCUGAGGUAGCAUUGGAAAAAAUUCCAAAUAUAGGAGCCGGGAAAUAUGUAUCCCCUCAUCUGAGAUCUCGUGUUGGAAACGAAUCCACAGAAUAUGCUCAAGUACGUAAACGAGUGAGAGGACUUCUAAAUAGGCUUUCUGAAACCAAUGUGGAGUCAAUCACAGGGGAAAUUUCUACAUUAUUUCAUUCAGUUGGCCGCAGUGUUGGUUCUCAAAUUAUCACUGAAGAAGUAAUUGCAUCAUGCUCUGGAGGUCCUCGUGGCAAUGAACAGUAUGCUGCUGUCUUUGCGGCAUUUGCUGCUGGAAUGGCUUGUUUGGUGGGGAUGGACUUUGGUGCUAAACUUCUUGCAUGCCUUGCAAAAUGCUUUGAGGAAGAGUAUUUGAAGGAAGACAAUCUCUCCUUGCGGAAUCUGACACUUCUACUUUCCUAUUUAUAUGUUUUUGGACUUUGUUCAAGUGAGUUGAUAUAUGAUUUCCUGAUAAUGCUUGGCAAGCGGUUAACAGAGGUUGAUGUUUCGACGGUGUUGACUGUUUUGCAGUCUUGCGGGAUGAAAUUGCGAGGGGACGAUCCAGUUGGGAUGAAAAACUUUAUUUUGAGUGUUCAGAGCAGAGUAAAUGAGUUGAAAGCCUGUUCUGGAAAUGAGCAAUCAAAUAUAAGUAGCAAAAGAAUGGAGUUUAUGAUUGAAACUAUAUGCGAUAUUAAAAACAAUAAAAAGAGACCCAAGGAAGACACUGUGCAGCACACUCGUAUAAAAAAGUGGUUACAGAAGUUGAGAGUCGAUGAUGUAUUAAUUCGAGGGUUGAAAUGGAGCAAGCUUCUUGAUCCUAGCAAGAAAGGUCAGUGGUGGUUGUCUGGGGAUAUUGCCUCAACUGCAGAGAAUAUUGAAGAGGUUGCUGGCGCAAUUGAUAAGGAGAUCCCUGAAACCAAAAAGAUGCUAGAGCUUGCUGCGUCCCAAAGGAUGAAUACAGAUGCAAGAAGGGCAAUUUUUUGUGUAAUUAUGAGUGGGGAGGACUAUAUUGAUGCUUUUGAGAAACUUCUGAGACUAGACUUGCCAGGAAAGCAGGAUCGGGAGAUCAUGCGGGUGCUUGUGGAGUGCUGUCUACAGGAGAAAGUAUUUAACAAAUACUAUUGUGUUCUUGCAACUAAACUAUGCAGCUAUGACAAAAACCACAAGUUCACUUUGCAGUACUGUUUGUGGGAUCAUUUCAAGGAGUUGGAGUCAAUGCCAUUGCUGAGAUCAAUGCACUUAGCAAAAUUUACUGCAGAAAUGGUUGCAUCUUUCAGUCUUUCUUUAGCAGUCCUGAAGGUAAUUGAGCUGAAUGACGCCAUAAGUUUAAGCCCCAAAAGAAUUAUGCAUUUCCGGAUGCUGUUUGAGGCCAUGUUCCAGUUCCCUGAUAAGCUCGUGUGGAACACUUUUACCCGUAUUGCUGUGACUCCUGAGUACGAACCCCUUAGGAGUGGAAUUGAGUUUUUCAUCCGCAAGUAUGUUGUGAGUAGUCAAAAGUCCCUAGCAGAUAAGUUCAAGCUUGCCAGGAAAGCUCUUAACAAUGUGGAAGGUGUUGUAAUGUGAACUGGCAAACUUGGAACUGCCGUGGGAUUGCAAAAAGCGCUCAUUCGGUCCAAAUUUUGUACGCUAGGAUAGGUUUAUUGACUUCCAUUUGUUAUUCCCUUCCAAAUUUUGUACACCAGGAUAAAUUUAUGAAGUAAUCAUUCUAGGAAACAAGUUCACUUUUCUGAGGAGUUCCAUGUGAUAGGAUAAUGCUAGGAUCGUGACCGUGCUAUAUACAUCAUGUGCUUGAUCUCUUGUUAUUUU